UGUCUUUCAUAGCCUAGGCUGGCCUCAAACUCACUGCGCAGCCAAGAGUCUCCUGCUUCUCAUAUCUUGAGUGCCCACUUUUGUGAGGUGAUUUGUUUUCCUUUACGUGUUGGGUGUGCGUAACUUCGUGUGCAUGUUUACUCGUGUGUGAGAGUACACACACACAUGUGGGCAUGUGCAUAUCAAGACUUUUGGUUGAUUUUAUAUGCCUUUCUCAAUUCCUCUCUACCUCGCUUAUGCAUGCAAGGUCUUUUUUAGACCUAAGCUUGUUAUUUCAGCCCUUCUGAUUAGCCAGCAUGUUCUGGGAAGCUCCUGUCUUCACCUUCCAUGGGCAGGGGGUUACAGAUGAACUGCCGUGUCCUUCUGGCAUUUACAUGGUUUCAUUCUAGUAAAUUUUAUCUUGAAAGAAAAGAAAAACAAAACAACCUCUCCCCUCCCCCAAGACAAACCAAAACCACACCCGGAGAUGGCAAACUUCAGCAUGUUGUGGAGCUUGAAUGAGUGGCUGUGGCAGGAGAAGUUCUGGUUACCACCCAACAGCACAUGGGCACAGCUGGAGGACCGGGAUGGCCUGGUGUUCGCCCACCCUCACCACAUGCUGGCUGCCCUGCCAAUGGCUCUGGUCCUGGUGGCUCUGCGCAUCACCUUUGAGAGAUGUGUGGCCUUGCCACUGAGCCGGUGGAUGGGUAUACGGGAUCAAGUCAGGAGGCAGAUGAAGCCCAACCCAGUGCUGGAGAAAUACUUCCUCAGGAUGGGGCAGAGACCCGUGGAGACCCAGAUGGUCCUCCUGGCUGCCCAGUGCGGUCUCACACUGCGGCAGACUCAACGCUGGUUCAGGAGACGUCGGAACCAGGAUCGGCCUUGCCUGUCCAAGAAAUUCUGUGAAGCCAGCUGGAGGUUUGUCUUCUAUCUGUGUUCCUUCGUGGGUGGCAUCUCUAUCCUCUACCAUGAGCCAUGGUUGUGGACACUGGCAUUGUGCUGGGAAAAUUAUCCAUACCAGACCCUGAAUGUGGCCCUGUACUGGUGGUACCUCAUGGAGCUGGGCUUCUACAUUUCACUGCUAAUCACUUUGCCCUUUGACAUCAAACGCAAGGACUUCAAGGAGCAGGUGGUGCAUCACUUUGUGACCGUGGGGCUGAUAGCCUUCUCCUACAGCUCCAACUUGUUGCGCAUUGGCUCUGUGGUACUGCUGCUGCAUGAUUGCUGUGACUACAUCCUGGAGGCUUGUAAGAUGUUCAACUAUACCCACUCUCGACGAGUGUGCAACGCUCUCUUCAUCGUCUUCUCCUUAGUCUUCUUCUACACUCGCCUCAUAUUCUUCCCCACUCAGGUCAUCUACUCCACUCUGUUUGACUCCAUCAAGAGCUCGGGCCCCUUCUUUGGGUACUAUUACUUUAACAUUCUCCUGGUGAUGCUGCAGAUUCUUCACGUGUACUGGUUCUGCCUCAUCCUGCGCAUGGUCGGCAGUUUCCUGAGGAAGGGUCAGAUGGGAAAGGACAUCCGUAGUGAUGUGGAAGAAUCAGACUCCAGCGAAGACGAGGCAGUUCCUGAAGGUCCCCAGCUGAAGAACGGGAUGGCUCGAGGGUCUAGACCAGCCAUUGCCAAUGGCUCUCGGAGCCGGGCAGCUGGGCGCCUGGCCAAUGGGCAUACCCAGGCCACAUAGACAACUUAGGACUGACAUUGUGGGGUUGUCUCCAGCAUUGUGGAUAUCUGGAUGCUGAGCUGGUGACCCUGGGAGACAGAGAGGCCCUCCCUGAGGUAGGAAGAGGACUGAUGAUCUGUUUCCAGCACUUCCCUCCUGUCUCUUCUCCCUUUAUCCCUCUGAGCAACUGGACAGAGCCUGGGGGAGCAGUGGACUCUGCAUCUGGCCAGAGCCACCCCCAAGCUGAAGCCUGGGGGCUGUGGAGAACCUUGGCUUCAAGGACCAAUAAAAUUUCAACAGAGAUGAA